CGCGGUCGGGCGAAAUUCCACCGGUCAGCCCGCCAGCCGUCCAUCACAUUGCAACCUUCCGUCCCGUGCUCAGAACUCCACAUAGCACCCGGUCUCACCGUGAAGUUGCUCUCUCGUCAGUUUUCUGUCUUCAGCUUUGCACGGGGACUCGGCGAUCGAAAUUACGGCCGGGUGGGUUACAAUUCACUCGCUCUCUCUCUCAUCGUAUUCACUCGUCUGGCGCCACAACGUCACAACGUCCCAGAGCACCUUUCCGGUGCCGUCUUACCUGACAACCUCCUCCACAACGAAUACGCAGCCAUGUUUGAGCUUCCUGACGCAAAGAGAGUCCGGCGAGAAGACCUCGGGGAGUCGUCCGACGAUGAAGGAGCGGACCACGACGAGCAGCAAAAUGCGGACCUCCUGGCGAAGCUGCAUGCCCGUAUGGCGGGCAUGCUCGACCUAGGCGACGACGCCGACGCCGACCAGACUUCGACAGAGACGACCGAGCAACCAGCAGCAGCGACGAAGGACGGAGAAACGGGCAAAGAUGGCGGCGGCGGAGACGAUGAGCCCGAAGAGUUUGAGUUCCGGCUCUUCACCACGUCGAACCCGGCGACAAAGAUUGCGCUGAUCGACGAGGACGAGCGCGCGAUGGCGGGCGACGGAGCCAUGAUUCGCAAGAGGCCGCUGUCGUACUACAUCGCCGGGGAGCCGACGCCCGAAGUGAAGGCGGAGCUCGCUUUCGCGGCGGUGUCGGGCGAGGAGGUUCUUGAGAGGGCGCAGAGGCGGUGGUGGGGGAUGGAGCAGCCUUGGCGGGUGACGACGAUUCCCGGUACCAGGGUAUCGUCAAAGGGAACAGCAGGAACAGCAGCAGCAGCAGGAGGAGAUGCUGGGAAGACAAAGGAGGAGGCAGACGCCGCGGCGGCGAGGAGAAGGCGGCCUGGGAAGAAGAAGCGUCUUGCGAUACGGGUUAAGCAGCGGGAGAGGGUGAAGAAGGCCGAGGAGCUGGAGAAGUUCAAGGCCGGUAAGGAGGAGGCGCUGAAGGAGAAGAAGAAGAGGCUGAAUCGGUUGAAGAAGCUAAGGAAGAGGGCCAAGGCGAAGGAGGGGAAGAAUGGGGGCGGCGAGGGUGGUGGUGAUGGUGGUGAGUCGGGAUCUGGAUCUGACGGUGAUGAGUGA